AAAUGAUCCAGUUGUGUCUGGUCCUUUCACUGAUGGCCCAGGGGUUCCUAAUCCGCCUGAUGGGCCAGAGGUCCCUGCCAGUCCUCCUGAGGGCACAGAUGUUCCUGAACCUACAACCGUUGGUCCUGAUGAUAUUCCAGACCCACCUGUGGAGAAUCUAGUUGUUUCUGAUCUAGUUGUUACUGCUCCACCAGCUGAUGAUCUAGUUGUUGCUAAUUGUUCAGCUGAUGACCCACUUAUUCCUGUCACUCCUGAUGAUGGUCCAGUUAUCCCUUCCACACUGGAUGAUGCCACUGUUGUCCCUGUGCCACCGACAACCGUUCUUGUUGUUGCUGAGCCUCCUCCAAAUGGUCCUGUUGUCCCUGCUUGUUCAGUUGACAGCCCAGAGGUCUGGAUGCCUCCUUCAUUGGGACCACGAGUCCCUGAACUUACAGGAAAGGUUGCUGUUGAUUUGGCUAUUCCAGGAAAUGAUCCAGUUGUGUCUGGUCCUUCUCCUGAUGGCCCAGUGGUUCCUAAUCCAGCUGAUGGGCCAGAAGUCCCUGCCAGUCCUCCUGAGGGCACAGAUGUUCCUGAACCUACAACAGUUGGUCCUGCUGUUAUUCCAGACCCACUUGUUGAGAAUCUAGUUGUUUCUGAUCUAGUUGUUACUGCUCCACCAGCUGAUGAUCUAGUUGUUGCAAAUUGUUCAGCUGAUGACCCGCUUAUUCCUGUCACUCCUGAUGAUGGUCCAGUUAUGCCUUCCCCACUGGAUGAUGCCACGGUUGUCCCUUUGCCACCGACAACCAUUCUUGUUGUUGCUGAGCCUCCUCCAAAUGGUCCCCUUGUCCCUGCUUCUUCAGUUGACAGCCCAGUUGUCUGGAUGUCUCCUACGUUGGGACCAAGGGUACCUAAACUUACAGGAAAGGUUGUUGCUGUUUCUGAUCCUCCAGGAAAUGAUCCAGUUGUGUCGGGUCCUUUAGCUGAUGGCCCAGUUGUUCCUAAUCCGCCUGAUGGGCCGGAGGUCCCUGUCAAUCUUCCUGAGGGCACAGAUGUUCCUGUUUCUACAGAAGAUGGUAUAAUUGUCCCUGACCCACCGGAGGAAGGUCCAGUUUUCCUUGAUAUGCCAGUCGAAUAUCUAUUUGUUCCCAAUUCUCCAGUUGAUAUUAUAAUGGUAUUUGAAUCUCCAGCUGUUGGUCCAGUUAUCCCUGUCACUCCAGAUGAUUUUUCAGUUAUCCUUGUCCUUCCAUAUGUAAGCACAGAUGUCUCUGAACCUACAACAAUUGGUGUAGUUGAAGGUACAGCUGUUCCUGAACUUACAACAGAGGCUCUAGUUGUCUGUGAACCUAAAAUAUUUUGUCCUGUUGUUCCUGAUCCUCCAUGUAAUGGUCCUGGACCAGCAGUCCCUGAACUUACCACAGGGGUUGCUGUUGUUUCUGAUUUUCCAGCAAAUAAUCCAGUUGUUCCUGUUCCUUCAACUGAUGGCCCAGUUGUUCCUAACCCAUGCAAUAGGCCAGAUGUCUCUGUCAAUCCUCCUGAUGAUACAGAAGUUCCUGAUUGUACAAAAUAUGGUCCAGUUGUCAUCCCAGUUCCACCCAUUGAUGGUCCAGUUGGUUCUGAUAUACCAUCUGAUGAUCUAGUUGUUCCUACGACACUAGAUGAUGGUUCACUGGAUUCAGAUACUCCAGAUGAUAGUCCAGUUGUGGCUGAUCCUGUAGCUGAUACUCCACUUGUGACUGUCUUUAGCAAUGAAGGUCUGGUUGUGCUUAUUUCUUUAGAAGAUGAUAAGGUUGUUUCUGAACCUAAAAUAGAUUGUCUUGUUGUUCCUGAUUGUCCAUGGAAUGGUCCUGUGGUCCUUGAACCUCCACCUGUUAAUCGUGUUGUCCCUGCUCCUUCAGCUGACAGUCCAGUUGUCUGUGAUCUUCCUAUGGAUGGACUGGUAGUACCUAAACUUACAAAGGAGGUUUCACUGGUUUCAGAUCUUCCAGAAAAUGACCCAGUUGUCCUUGAUCCUAGAGAUGACUGUCCAGUUGUUUUUAAUCCAGGUGAUAGACCAGAUGUCGCUGUCCACCCUUCAGAUGGUACAGAUGUUCCUGAUCCUAAAACAUAUGGUCCAGUUGUCUGUGACCCACCAGACAAUUGUCCAGUUGUGCCUGACAUACCAGCUGAUGAUAUAGUUGUUCCUAAUAUUUCAGCCGUUGCGGAUGGUCCUGUAGUCCCUGAUCCUCCAGCUGCUAGUCUACUUGUUUGUGCUUCUUCACCUGAUUGUCUAGUUGUCCGUGAUCCUCCUAUGGACUGUCCAGUCGUCCCUGACUUUACAACAGAGUUUUCAGUUGUUUGUGAUGCUCCAGGAAAUAAUGUAGCUGUCCAUGAUCCUUCAGCUGAUGGUCCAGGUGUUGUUAAUCCAAGUGAUGGUUCAGUUGUUCCUGCCAAUCCUAUUGAUGAUACAGAUGUUCUUGAACCUACAACAGAUGGUCUAGUUGUCUCUGAUUCUCUAACUGGUGAUCUGGUUGUUGCUGAUCCUCCCAGUGAUGGUACUGUUUUCCCUGUCACUGCAGAUGAUAAUACAGUUGUCCCUGAUCCUACAGCUGAUGUUCCACUUGUCCCUGAUCUUCCUUCUGAUGGUCCAGUUGUUCCUCCUCCUUCAACAUCGUGUCCAGUUGUUCCUGUCAAAACAAAUAAUUUUCCCGAAGCAACCAUGGCAGGUGAUCCUAUGCAGGAACAGAGAAGUUUUGUGUGCCUCACCAGAGUUUGCAGAUCAAGAGCCUCCUCUUAG